AUGAGCUCGACCAGCUUCAUUACGGGUACGGGGUUGAAAAAGUGGAAGCCGACUGUCUGCGCUGCGCGCGAUCCGGCUGCGGCGGCGAUCUUGGUGAGGGAGAUUGACGAGGUGUUGGAGGCCAGGAUCGCAUGCGUCGGCGUCGUCUGUGCUAGCUCGGCGAAGAUCUUCUCCUUGAGGGACAGAUUCUCGGAUACAGCCUGGGGGUAA